AUGCUGGGUCUAUCUCUGGUGUUUACGCUAUGCGUAGGAGUCGCCAACGCUCAGUGUUACAGACGUUCAAAGGAGAUGCUGUGCGGUUCGGAACUGGUGGACAUGCUGCAAUUCAUCUGUGGGGCCAGAGGCUUCUAUGUCAGUAAACCUGGAACAGUUCGGACCAAAUCCCGGACCGGUAUAGUGGAAGAAUGUUGCUUCUGUGGCUGCAGUGUUUCCAUAUUAGAAUCUUAUUGCGCUGCUCCCAUCACUAACACCACUGGCAAAGAAGGUGAGUGUAACCUAUCUUGCUUUACAGAGAUGUUCUUCAAUUUUUGGUGA